AUGGCGGCGACGACGAUGUCGGAGGACCCGGUGAUCCAGGGCAUGUCGGGGGCGGCGGGGGCCGUCACGGCGCUCCUCGCGACGUUCCCGCUCAUGACGCUGUCGACGCGGCAAGCCACAGAAGUGAAGAAACGGACGCCCUCCGGCGCGGUCUACGUGCCGCCACAGCGCUCGCAAGCCGAGGGGCAGCGCGGUCCGUGGGCGCCGGUCCAGCAGCUGCUCGACCUCUACAGCGGCCUUCAGCCGGCACUUAUAGGAACCAUAUGUUCCCAGGGCCUCUACUUCUAUCUGUACUACACGAUGCGGAAACGCGUCAUGGAGUUCCGCGUGCGCCACGGCAUGGCGCCCACGCUCGACGUCGGGCCCUCGCUCGCCAUCGCAACCCUUGCCGGCAUCGGCAACGUCCUCGUGACCAACCCCAUUUGGGUGGUGGUGACGAGGAUGCAAGCGGCGCAGAAGAAGGUGCGCGCGAGCGCGUCCGAGGCGGGCAAGCCGGGGCCGUCUGCGCAGCGCUCGUCGACGAAGGGGGUCGCGGAGAUGGAGGCGGGGAUGAUCGCGACGGCGCGGGAGCUGCACCGGGAGGCGGGGGCGCUAGGGUUCUACAGAGGACUGUUGCCGACGCUGCUGAUGGUGUGCAACCCGACGCUGCAGUACGUGCUGUACGAGUACGUCGUGAAGUGGUACCAGAGCCCCGGGAACCGGCCGGGCGCGGGCGCCGUGGCGCGGCUGCGGCCGAAAUUGGGCCCCGGGGAGGUGUUUAUGCUGUCAGCCGUCGCCAAGGCCGGCGCGACGGUGGCGACGUACCCGAUGAUGGUGGUCAAGUCGCGCCUCCAGGCGGGCGGGAAGAGCAACGCGCAGCUGCAGUACAAGGGGACGUGGGACGCCGUGCGCACGAUCCUGCGCACGGAGGGCCUGGGGGGGUUUUUCGGGGGCGUCCAAACGAAGCUCGUGCAGUCUGUGCUGGCGGCGGCGCUGCUGUUCAUGGUCAAGGAGGAGCUCGCGCGGAAGGUCGCGCGGCUCGUCCGCGCGUACCGCGCUCGCCGGCGCGGCCGCCUGGGCUAG